AUGUAUGCGACGUGGGAGCGGCGAUUUUCUGGCGAGUUUGAAGCAGACCCGAGUUUCCUCUGCUCUAUAGAGAAAUUAAUGGCGUCUGUGACCGUUCUUGGUUCGCCGGCAUGCACGGAUGUGGCGAGAGUUCUCGCCUGCCUCUUCGAGAAGGAAGUUGAUUUCCAGCUAGUGCGACAAGACAACUUCAAGCGUGAACGUAAACUGCCCGAGUUCCUCAAGCUCCAGGUUAGUCUACUCUCUCUCUCUCGCUACGUAUAUUUAUAUAUAAAAUUUAGAUAGACACCUACUCUAUGUUGCUUUCCCUCUCUCUGUGUCCGUAAAAAAAGGACUUCCCACUGUGAGUAUUACUCGUUCUCCCUUGCUUCUUCUUCCCUUAUCUUGCAGGAUCCUUCCGGCCAAGUGACUUACAAGGAGGCAGAUAGAACUCUCUUCGGUAAGAAACAUACCCGGUUAACAUCUCACUGAUCUACGGGAACCUGUCUAAUCCACCAUUGCUUGCUGCUUUACAGACUCGAGGGCGAUUUGCCGGCACGUGUCGAGGAAAUUCGCGAGGGCACGGAAGAACCAGAACAACCUGCUGGGAACGGGGGCCCUGGAGAAGGCCUUGGUGGAGCAGUGGCUCCAGGUGGAGGAGCAGCAAUUCGAGAAGCCCAGUUCGUUCCUUCUCUUCAACCUGGCCCACGCGCCGCUGAUCGAUGAACACGACGUUGACCCGGAGGAGAUCGCGCGUCAGAUAGAGAAGCUCUCCGACGUGCUGGACCUCUACGAGAAGAGGCUGGCGUCGUCGGAGUACCUGGCGGGGGACAAGUUCACGCUGGCGGACCUCACCCACCUCCCCAACUCUCACUACCUCGUGAACAACACAGAGAAAGGGCGCACGCUCUUCAAGUCCAAGGCCAAUGUCUACCGGUGGUGGGAGGCGAUCUCGUCCAGGGAGUCAUGGAGGAUGGUGCUGCAGUUGCAGGAGGAGCGUCCUGCCCUCCUUGAGAAGUAG